CCUCCAUUCUAUAUCUUUUGAAUAACAUGCGAUUACUUACUUAUUGAACUGUUCAAAUACCAAACCCCUUACCUGCCAACUUCUAUGUAGUAUUUAACCUACUGUGUCAUAGUCAAUAUUUAACCUGAUAACUAGGUAGUUACAUGGGAAUAGACGAAGCUUUUUCAUCUUCAAUUUACUAGUCCGCUCUUGUGUUCUUGUCUAAUAUCUUCGGAUCCAGCCCCCUGGGAUUCUUGUCUAUCUACGAAAAUAUUUAAAUUUUCCAGCAGACACGCGCCCGCACUGACAGAAACUCAAAUCCUAAAAGUCUUUGAGGUUCUGUAUUACGCGUACCCGACAGAAAAAUACUAUAAGAUGGAUAUGUCCUCUAUGACCAUGUCGAUGACCAUGGACAUGUCCUCAACCACCACAACAGCAAGUGCAUCGUCACCGACAACAACAGCAGCUAUGUCGAUGGAUAUGGGAGGGGAAAGCGCCUGUAAAAUAUCGAUGCUCUGGAACUGGUACACAAUCGACACCUGCUUCCUCGCAUCAUCAUGGCACAACACCACCACCGGCAUGUUUGCCGGCUCUUGCAUCGGCGUCCUCCUGUUGACCAUGUCGCUGGAGCUCAUGCGCCGCACCGUCAAGGAGUAUGAUCGAUAUCUCGUCAAGAAGCACACCUCGGCUGCCGCUUUCGAAUCCAGCGCACCUGGGGACAACGGCAAUAAGCCAGCCACGACGGCGGGUCCCGGACCAUCUUGUCAGAGCGCAGCGCAGCCCCAGAGGUUCAGGCCGAGUGUACUGGAACAGGCUACCCGGGCGUUGCUGCACAUGGUCCAGUUUGCCAUUGCCUAUUUCAUCAUGUUGCUUGCAAUGUACUACAAUGGCUACAUUAUCAUUUGCAUCUUCAUCGGCUCGUACCUCGGGGCGUUCAUAUUCCACUGGGAACCUCUGGAUAUAGGACGUGGUACGACUAGUGCGACUCAAGAACCAACAGUAUGCUGCGGAUAGGCUCGGAGGUGUUCAGGGCCAGCUAAGCAUGUGCCACGACAGCGAUUAGGCUACACGAACUUCGGGGGAAGGUCACUGCGACGAGGGAUUGGAUUGGAUGUCCAAUCUUCAUGGAUCGGAAAUAUCACGAGAACGCUUUAUACCAGAGAUGAAAGAAAACAUUGGCAAGCAUGCCAAACUACCCCUAUCAUCUAUUAGCCCCUAUCUAUUAAUACCACAGCUUCAUUCCUCAUCUAAUAAAUAUCAACAACAUCUUUUUUUCUUAAGAAGAAGGCGGGAAACUUGUCUCCACACGCGGAAACU